CCUCUUAAUGUAUUUAAUAUAACAUAAGAUAUUGAUCAUUCCAGUUGACAACACGAUUUAUUAUUUUGAAAUUUUCUUUCCUUACAUUUUUAUGAAAGUAGUAGAAAAAUUAAACAUGCUAUGUGGCAGGGAAAUCAACAGAGAUUUACUUUUCAUGAAAAUGAACUACUUUUUCGCAUGGGGCGCCUACGCACCUGUUAUUCCGUUUUGUGCCACUAUUGGAAAACAACGAGGUUAUUCCGCAUUGGCGAUGGGAAUCACUUUGACUGGCUUGCAGAUACCUAGUCUUGUUGUACGACCUUUGCUAGGAAGCGUCACGGACGCCUACCAAUGCCGGAAAUUGAUGUUUCUCAUUGGAGAGGUGCUUUCAGCACUAGCAGUUCUCGGAUUGAUAUUUUUACCUGGUGCAACGGUCGCAGAAAGUAUCGCCGAUGAGAUCGUGUUUAACACCUUGCUGUACUGGGUGUUCUUUUUUUUAUUGUUUUUCUUAUACCUUGGAUGUGUAAUGCGGUCGCUCAUGGAGGAUACGAUCUGUGUCAGUCUACUCGGAGACAAUGUACACAAUUACGGACAACAAAGAGUUUGGGGAGCAAUUGGUUACGGUAUAAUUUCUAUAGUUUCUGGGGUGGUCGUCGACUGGUUUAGCAUAGGACAAGCUCAUGACGACUUUAGACCCGGAUUCGUGAUAGCAUUUAUAUGCGUAGCCUUCGACGUGUACGUUUCGGCUAAAAUCAAGGUUGAACAAGUUAAAAAAACAGAAACUUUUAGUGGCAAUAUGAAAACAGUUUUGACUGAUUUUAGAGUAAUCGUAUUUUUAAUUGCAACCAUUUCGUUCGGUUUCUUUUAUACCUUUGUUCUGUAUUUUGUCAUCUGGUACCUCGAAGACAUAACCAAUUUACAUCAUCCUGAAUAUGAACCCCAUAUAAAAACUAUUCAAGGGCUUUCUCAGACUAUUCAAUGUUUUUUAGGUGAAGUACCAUUCUAUUUUGUUUCUAGUUAUAUAAUCAAAAAGGUGGGUCAUAUGAACGUGUUUUCAUUGACGUUCGUGGCUUAUGCAAUCAGAUUCGCUCUUUAUUCGAUUAUUGAAAAUCCGGUGGUUGCUUUGAGCGUGGAAAUAUUUCAUGGAAUCACUUUUGCACUACCGUAUUCUGCCGGAGUCGCGUAUGCCGCUAAAUUGGCUCCGGUUGCUGCGGAAGGGACGAUGCAAGGAUUGGUUGGAAUGACAAUGAAGGGCAUAGGUAUUCCGAUGGGAAAUUUUGUCGGAGGUUAUAUAAUCAAGAAUUUAGGAAUCGUAGAUGCUUUUAGAAUAUUCAGUAUAGGUUCGCUUAUGGUUUGUAUCGUUGUAUCAACAAUGAAUCUUAUUGUAAAACGCAUGUACAAAACCGAAAAUAAUGUUGUCCAGACUAGUUGAAAUCAUUCGAUACGCACCUAUUGUUAUACGGUCAUAAUUAAACCUGAUAAUGUUUUUUUUGUUUUGUAAAUAUUGUAAACUAUCGGUAAUCCUCAAAUGUCCUUAUAUAUUUUACUUAAUAACUGUACUACCAACUAUGUGGUCCAUAAACAUCUAACCUAAUGUUUAAAAACGUUUAAUUUUAAGUGUUUAGAACUGAGAAUUAGAACGAAUACAUCACUUCUCCCUA